UUCUAAAUCCAUCUAACUUAUCACUGGUGACAUCGCAGCAGCAGCAUCUGGCUGCUACUUUGAGCCAAAUUUGACAAUCUAAAGUUCACAGUUUGUUCAAUCUAUCUCCGGAAAAUGCAGUCCGACUCGCUGCUACAUGUCGCUAACUUCAGCACGCUGUUUGUGUGCAUGGUGCUCAAGUUCCCGCAGAUCUUCGUCCUAAUGCGAGCGAAGUCAACGAGCGGAGUCAGCCUCAACAGUCUUCUCCUGGAGCUCAUCGGGUUCAUUGUUUUUGUUACGUACCAGAUGUACUAUGACUACCCACCUCCAACAUACCUGGAAUAUCCAAUUCUCAUUGCUCAAGAUGUCAUUCUUCUGCUCCUGAUUCUUCAUUACAACGGCAGCCUGCGGCAGAGCCUUAUCUAUGCCUUGGUGUUCGUCGGAGGUUGGAAGCUCCUCACUGUGGAGAAGUGGAUCAUCGAUUUGGCUAUGAGCCUGUGCACAUUCAUCAGUGCAGCCAGUAAGUUCGCCCAGUUGCAGUGCCUAUGGCGGUCUAAAGAUGGUGGACAGGUUAGCGCCCUCUCCUGGGCUAUGGCUACCUACACUUGUAUGGCACGGAUUUACACCACCACAGUGACUACUGGAGACACGCAGGUGCUGGUGCGGUUCAUCGUCAUGACGUUGCUCAACAUGUGGGUGCUGCUCACUGUGCUCUACUACCAGAAACACAGCGGCAGGUCCAAGAAAGAAGACUAAGUGUUAAAAAUGGAUCCUGGGGCUGACUGGCUGCACUGUAAACCGGCAGUUCUUCCUCAUCUCUUCCAGCUCUGUUCACUAGAGAGAUUACUGGGUUACUCUGGACACAGCAAGGACUGAAAAACAAAACUGACAGGUACAAUGGUUACAUGCAGCUUUUGUAAUACUGACCUAUAAAAUGUGCUUUUAUAUUGUUACCUCAGUAUUUAACCCACACAUUUAUUUUAAUAACAUUCCAGUGACUAAAAAUCUUCUACAACUUGUAGUGAGGACAGAGACCAAUGCUUUUUCAUACUGUAUGUGAAAAAAUGUAGUGUUAUUAGAUAGGACAGCACAAGCCAAGCAUAUCUGAGAUCUUCCUACUCAGGAAAGAAAUACUGUAUUUUAAAAAGCUUUUCCAAGUGUAAAGUUCUUUUCUGAAUUAUUUUAAUAAAGCAAACAUUCUAGCUUCUUA